AUGUCUAUCGCAAGUUGGGCGCAGAACAAAAGCGGUGAGGAAAACAUGUCAAAGACGAACUUGACGAAAAAGGAUUAUUUGGGAUCCGAAGAGCAUGAAGAAGAAGGCAGAGUCUUGUUGCAAGUGGUUUAUGUUAUCAUAUUUAUUCUUGGUAUGCUUGGCAAUACAGCAAUGAUUUUCUUGCUGAAAAGAAAGCGACAACGGAGAUCCCCCAGCAAUUUGUUGCUUCUACACGUGGUGAUCUCAGAAAUGUCUGUCCUGUUGAUGAACAUUCCUUUCGAUAUGGUUCUUAUAAUCGUGAAUCAAGAGUGGGUUUUUGGAGGGCUCAUGUGCAAGGUUCUAUGGCCUCUACAGACUCUCACUCUGGGAUCUUUUGUGUGGAUUUUAACAUUAUUGAGCUAUCAUCGGUAUCGGGGGAUCGUCUUUCCACUAAUGAAGAAACUCUCAACAAAUGCCGUUAGCUACCUUAUCAUGAUAGUAUGGUUCUCGUCUCUAGUAGUGGUUGUGCCAUAUAGUAGUUUCCUGGAGUAUCAGAAUGGAGAAUGUAUAGAAACGUGGGACAUCGCCGUCAGAAAGAGUUACACCCUUAUUUUCUUCGCCUUCCAAUACGCCUUUCCACUCUUGAUCACCAUUUAUUGCUACGCGAAGAUCGCAGUCGUGGUACGUCGUGGCCAGCAUCGAGUCAAGAGGCAUAUAUCAGGCAGCUCGCAAGCGGGGUUAAGACACAAAUCGAGAGGUCUUAGCGCCAUCCGUACCGCUGUUCUCUUUAUGGCCACGUUUGCCGUCUGCAUGUUGCCACAUCAAGUUAUCUGGCUAUGGCUAGAGUUUGGAGAACACACACACUCUGUUAAAAAUCUCUUAUCAUUUGCUUACAUCUUCACGUUUACGUCUAGUUUCAUGAACCCUCUGGUGUACAUUUUCAGUACACCAUCGGUAAGAAAAGAAUUCAAGCGCAAAGCAAGGGCAUUUAAAAGAGGAAGCUCAGGAAACUCCUCGGAAAGAAGGAUUCUAAAGAAAUAUAGCCUGCCUUCCUCAGGGAUAUCCACCAUGAUGUGA